AUGCCACACGCGGUGCAUGGCAGCGGCAGCGGCGGCACGCGCAGCAACGACAGCAAACGGACAGCAGCAGCCUCCGUGGCGGCAGCCGCAGUGGCACGCACAGCAGCGGCUAUGGCAGUGGUAGCGGCAGCUGCAGCCGCCGCCAGCAGGGCAUUGCAGAGCAUCGGGCUGGAAGACAACUGGUUGACGGUCUUGCCUGAGGGCAUUACCGAGCUCGCCUCGCUGGAGACGCUGGCCCUUGGCAGGAACCACCUGCCCGGCCUGCCGGAGGGCCUCGGGCGCCUCCGCGCCCUGCAGAGGCUGCUGCUGGACGGCAACCCGCUGCGGAGGCUCCCGCGGGACCUCGGCGCGAUGGCCUCGCUGCGGCAGGUGCGGCUCACGGGCUGCCCGCGGCUCCCGCUGCUGACCGCGGGCGUGUGGCGGCUGGCCGGGCUUGCCCUUCUGGAGAGGGCGGAGCUGGACCCGCCCCUGCGCCAGCAGCUCUCCGCCUGGAGGUGCCGUGCCAUCGAGAUGCAGGUCGUCGACUGCUACAGGGCGCCUGCCGGCCGCGAGGGCCCCAAGGGCCCUAGAGAAUCGGUCAAGUUCUUUUCUGGCAGCGACGCGCUGAGGUCCAGCUCGGUCGUCAAUUGCACCUUCACCAUCCAGUAUGUAAAGCUAGACGGGACGUCAAACGAUGUCGAGGACGUCAGUGAUCGGUUUGAGGUUGGUCUCCCAGCGAGGGCGUUCACCCUGAAUCCCGUGGAGGCGACCGUCGGGGAGCGCUACGCGGCCCCGCUGCUCUCCGCGGCGAAGAUGCCGGAAGGGGACCCGAUGUCGACAUCACUUUCGACGAUGACAACCGCAUCCGUGUCAUGCCGAAGGACAAGUUCAAGGCAACGGAGGAGCUGGACCAGGACGUGCACGAACUUCACCGACAAGAUCAGCGCCUUCGGCAGCACGAUCCAGAUGCUCGUGGAGGUUCUCGACGGUGAGUCUGCAAAGAUCGAGAAGGAGAAGCUCAGGGCCAUCGGGCAGAGGAACCGCGCCGAGAUGGAGGCCGACUCGCAGCGCCACAAACAGGCGACGAUGACUGGCCUCAUCGCGGAGAAGACCGCGGAGCUCGAGCGGCUGCAGUUCCAGCUCAGCUCGCUGGAGCGCGCGGAGCGGGAGCAGAAGGCACUGAUCGAGAAGCUGAAGGAGAACGAGACGCCCGCCUGGACGUCGGACGAGCCCUAG